AUGAGCCGUCUCGAAAUAGGCCUUAUUGUGGGAGUCAGCGCUCUUUUCAUCACCUUGAUCUUUUUCAUCUUCCUCAUCCGAGCCCUUUACCAACGCCGUCGCGAAAGGGUGCUGAGGAAAAUGGCCGAGGAUGCCAGAAACCGUACUCCCGAAGAGGAGAUGUUGCGCCGCCGGCUGGCAUGGCUUCAAGUUGAGCGCAUCAUGCAAAGCCUGCGCUGCGUAUGGGUGGAUAAAGACAACAACCCAACCGAUCCACCCCCCGAAGUCGUUGAAUUUCACCGGCGCAAGGGUCGUAACCCGUACCAGAUGCCGCACAUGCCACAGCUGGAGUCGAAGCCGGAGCCGGAGCCACAGUUCAAGGAAGCGAACUAG